UAGGAAGUCGGUCCAAUUAAAGCUGUCCACUCGGCUUCGACGCUCGCGUAUUUAGAACUUUUCCGCCCUUCUGCCUUUCUUUGUGAUAAUGUCGGCUCAUGAUGAACAUAGACCAAGAGACAAUGGCCCCGAGGGCAUGGAGCCAGAUGGAGUCAUUGAGGGAAACUGGAAGGAGAUUGUUGAAAGCUUUGAUGACAUGAACCUGCGUGAGAAUCUUCUCAGGGGAAUAUAUGCCUAUGGUUUUGAGAAACCUUCUGCCAUUCAGCAGAGGGCUAUUCUCCCUUGUAUCAAGGGGUAUGAUGUCAUCGCUCAGGCUCAGUCUGGAACAGGGAAGACCGCCACCUUUGCCAUAUCCAUCCUGCAACAGAUUGAUAUUGAGUUGAAGGGCACUCAAGCCAUGGUCCUGGCCCCGACCAGAGAGCUUGCUCAACAGAUCCAGAAAGUGGUUCUUGCCCUUGGAGACUACAUGGGUGCUACCUGCCAUGCCUGCAUUGGUGGCACUAAUGUCCGUAACGAGGUGCAGAAGCUCCAGGCUGAUGUACCCCACAUAGUGGUUGGAACUCCUGGACGUGUUUUUGACAUGCUUAACCGGCGCUAUCUUUCUCCCAAAUACAUCAAGAUGUUUGCAUUGGAUGAAGCUGAUGAGAUGUUGAGCCGAGGUUUCAAGGACCAAAUCUAUGAGAUUUUCCAGAAGCUGUCUACUGAUAUUCAGGUGAUCCUGUUGUCAGCCACCAUGCCCCAGGAGGUGCUGGAAGUCACCACUAAGUUCAUGCGUGAGCCUGUAAGGAUCCUGGUCAAGAAAGAGGAGCUGACCCUGGAGGGUAUUCGUCAGUUCUACAUUAAUGUGGAGCGGGAGGAGUGGAAAUUGGACACUUUGUGUGACCUGUAUGAGACAUUGACGAUCACUCAAGCUGUUAUUUUCAUUAACACUCGCCGGAAGGUGGACUGGCUGACUGAGAAGAUGCAUGCGAGAGAUUUCACAGUCUCUGCUUUGCACGGUGACAUGGAUCAGAAGGAGAGAGAUUUAAUCAUGAAGGAGUUCCGCUCUGGCUCUAGUCGUGUCCUCAUCACCACUGAUCUGCUGGCUCGAGGCAUUGAUGUGCAGCAGGUUUCCCUGGUGAUCAACUAUGAUUUGCCCACAAACAGGGAGAAUUACAUUCACAGGAUUGGGCGUGGUGGCCGUUUUGGCAGGAAAGGUGUUGCCAUAAACAUGGUGACUGAGGAUGACAAGCGCACUCUCCGGGACAUUGAGACCUUCUACAACACCACCGUGGAGGAGAUGCCGAUGAAUGUGGCUGACUUGAUCUGAAAACAUCUUUACUCCUUUCUUCCCCCACUUCGUUUCUUUGUCUCCUGUUUGUCUGGACUUGUACAUGCUCCUUUCCCCUCUAAAUCCACCACCCUGCCCCAAUGAUUAUCACUGUUCACAGCAAGACAUUAUAAAAUCAGCAUCGUGGAUGUCUUUGAAAAGACUUUCUUGUGUUCCUUUUUAGCAUUUAAAGAUUGAUUAAUUUGGUGUGAACCUUGUGCAGUGACCCUAUACCUAUGACCUGUUCCAUCCAUUUUAUUGUUCUGUAUAUUUAUCUAUUGACUAAAGAGCUGAGCACCAAAUGGUUGAAGUGGACCUGUUUAUUUAACUUUCCAGUUUGCCAUACACAGUGGCUGCUCUAAUAGUUUAUGGAGAAAUAUGUCUGAAAACAAAUUGACGUGUAAACCAGUCUUACUCGGACAGGUAUUUGGGCGAUCCAUCUUGCAUUCAAACUAUGUGUGUUCAGGGUGGAGUUUAAGCUUUUGUGCUUUUUUUUUUUUUUUUUCUUUCCCCCUCUCUCCUCAUUGCAGUGCUUGAACAAGAACACUGCCAUCACUUUUGUUAGAAAUUGCUGAAUCAGUAAGCGGUGUAUUAUGGACAUGAUUUUUACAUCUUUAACCUGUAUAGUGCCAUUUUACAGUAGCAUUUCCUUCUAAAUAGACAUUUCACCCUUGCCACACAUGGUGAGGUGUUGGGACCUUGUCACCACAUAGUGUAUUGUAUAGAGUCUGUGUAAGUCCUGUUUUGAGGAGUGUUGCUCCAGUAACCUACCUCACCAAAAGAGAUUGGAGGGGUCUUUCAAAGGACCAAACUACAAAUGAUUAUGUAGAGAUUCUAACGUUACUUUAUUUUUUCCUGGUUUAAAAAGCUUGUCUUGUGGAGGGGGAAUGGAGGUUUGGCUGUGCAGUUUACAUUGCUCAGUGCUGGUUUUUUUUUUUUUUUAAAUGAAUUUAUUAAAAUGUGAUAACCUUUUUCAGACAGAAGCAGUGUAUUAAACUUUUUCUACAUUGGAUUCUGUAUAGUAUUUAUUUUAAUUUUCUUAAAUAAAGGUAUUUCUUUUUAACAAGUCAAACAUGUUUUCUGGGGAGUCCUUUUGAGACACCAUGCCAGGGGUAGCCCAAAAUAGUCAAAUGUAUGAAGUUCAAAACCUCAGUUCAAUGCUGGUUUAAAAGAGUACACUUUGGUGACAAAUGGUAACUAAUAUUGAGGAGAGUAGUGGCCCUAUUAUUUUGUGCAUUAUAGAAAUAUAUGUACUGUUCAUAAACUGUUGGGUGGACAUGGGACUUGAUAGUCACAUGACCAGUCAGCACAGACAAUCAGUGACUCAAUAACUGGUGUGUCCUCUGAGCAUACUGGUAUGAAUUUACAUACCGGAGGAAUGAAUGCUGUUAUGCAAUUUCCUUUAUUUAGUUUUGCAUCAUCUACUAGACAAGUAGUCUAAUUGUAGAAGGGAAUGAUGUGUAGAUCAUAGACAGGAUAAAGUGCCAAAGGAGCUCAGUGCCUUAAAGGUCACGAGUUAUGACGGUACUGAUUUGUGCUUUUGCUCUUCUGACAAAUGAAACUCUGCUCAUUGUGAUAACUUCUCAUAUUCUAUCAAACACUCAUAAGCUUGUGGAUUUUCUCUGACUUAUUGAAAAUAAAGUCUUAUUUUAAAAGUG